AUGCUUGCUCCUGGGCAUGGUGGUGGCCAGACGGAGCCGGGCUUAUGGGUGCGGCGCUUAUUGGAGGCUCACGGUAGCGUUGCUUUGGCUGCUAUUUGGGUUAUCUGGGUCUCGCGUAACAAAGCUGUUUUGGGUGGGCAGGUCAUUCCCGUUGAUGCCUUGCAUAGGUGGGUCGAUAGUCUCCAAGACGAGUUUCAGCGAGCCUGGCCGAGGAGUCCAGUCCAGCGAACGGUGAGGUUGGUAUCUUGGAAAGCUCCUAGUGACGAUGAGAUUGCAGUGAAUUGUGAUGGCAGUAAGGGGAGCAAUCCAAAUAGUAGUGGUUUCGGGGGGUGUCUUCGUAAUAGCUGCGGUGAUUGGAUUCGAGGGUUCUAUGGGUUUGGUGGUAGCAAGUCAGUGCUGACCAUGGAGCUUCUAGCUAUAUUCCAUGGGUUGAAGAUGGCUUGGAGCGAGGGAUUCCGGAGGGUCCUAUGCCUCUCUGACUCCCUGCUUGCGGUGUCGCUGAUUAUGGACCGUCCUUCCCGUUUUCAUGAAUGUGCAGUGCUCAUAGCCAGUAUCAAGGAGUUUCUCUGGCGGGAGUGGGUGGUUCGUUUGGAGCAUACUCUUAGAGAGGGAAACGCCUGUGCGGAUUACUUGGCUAAGGCAGGAGCUGCGCAGGAGCAAGCCUUGCAUGUGGUGGUGGAUCCUCCACCGGAGUUAUCUCUGUUACUGCUUGCCGAUAAGAGUGGCACUGUGUUUGUUAGGUAG